UCGGCGGUUAAGAACGAAUAAGAACACAACGCGAGAUCUGGAAGUAAUGUACAGCUGAAAGAUGUUGUCGGCGACGAGCAGAAGCUCCGCAUCUUCAUUACACUUGAAAUCCACCAGACAUUUCCAUAGGAAACCAUCUCCAUACACAAUCACGCUUUACAUAAUCGCCCUAUUUGCUCUCUCUAUUUUCAUUUUUAUUUACUACAGUAAAGAUAUCUUAGACAUUGAUGAUCAGCACAAGCCCUUUUCGUCUCAAUCCCACCAGCUGUCAGAUGAACAAGUCCAGGGAGCUCUCUCGAGCUAUGGUUUACAUCAAUGCGUCGAACCAACUGCAAAAUAUAAAGCGGCACUAGGAUCGGAUCAUUAUAUAACUGUAAGAAGUAAUGGAGGACUGAAUCAAAUGCGAACUGGUAUAUCCGAUAUGGUGGCUAUUGCACACAUUAUGAAUGCAACCUUAGUAAUUCCACAGCUGGAUAAGCGCUCAUUUUGGCAGGACAAAAGUAAAUUUUCUGAUGUAUUUGACGAGCCACACUUCAUUAGAAGCUUACAAGGAGAUAUUCGGAUUAUCAGAGAGCUACCUGGGGAACUUGUAUCUCUCCCUCAUGCCAGAAAGCACUUCACCUCCUGGUCUGGAAUGGGAUACUUUGAGGAGAUGAAACAAAUAUGGAAGGACCACCAGGCAUUACAUGUUCCGAAGUCAGAUGCUCGCCUUGCCAACAAUGAUCUUCCCCUUGAUAUCCAGAGGUUGAGAUGUAGGUCGCUUUAUCAUGCUCUUCGCUUCACACCUCCUAUAGAGAAUCUAGGGAAGAAGCUAGUGGAGCGGCUGAGAUUGCGUGCGGAAAGAUAUAUUGCUCUUCACCUCAGAUAUGAGAAAGACAUGUUAUCUUUUACUGGGUGUACCUAUGGUCUUACUGAUGCUGAAUCCGAAGAGCUGAGAGUGAUGAGGGAAAACACCAACCAUUGGAAGAUGAAGAAGAUAAAUUCAACAGAGCAAAGAAUUGGAGGGUUUUGUCCACUAACUCCUAAAGAGGUUGGCAUAUUUCUUCAAGGUCUUGGUUAUACUUCAUCGACACUAAUAUACAUUGCGGCUGGGGAGAUUUAUGGUGGAAGCACUCACCUUAAAGAGCUUACAUCUCGCUUUCCGAAUGUUGUUUUCAAGGAAACAAUUGCUACUGAGGAAGAGCUGAAAGAAUUAACCAAUCAUGCAUCUCAAACUGCAGCUCUUGAUUAUAUAAUAUCAGUAGAGAGUGACGUAUUCAUUCCAUCGCAUUCAGGUAACAUGGCAAGAACUGUUGAGGGGCAUCGCAGGUUUCUAGGCCACCGAACAACAAUUACCCCUGACAGGAAAGGUCUGGUUGACAUAUUUGAUAAAAUGGAUAGUGGACUGCUUAAUGAAAGCUCAUCGUUGUCGCGCCUUAUAAUUAAGCUGCACAAAAACAGGCGUGGUGCUCCCAGAAAAAGAGGCGGCCCUCCUCCAGGACUCAAAGGCCGAGCAAGGUUAAGGUUUGAAGAACCCUUCUACCAAAAUCCAUACCCAGAAUGUAUAUGUGAUUCAAAAGUCACUACAAAUAGUAGUCAUAGUGCGUAGGUCAGCUUGCACUUAUCACUAAAAAAGAUGUUCCGAGACAUUAGAUAAUUCAAAUUAGAAUGACAGUGCUUUUUACUGCUGCAAGCCUUUUUGUAAUUGAACUGGUUCCUUUUUUUGGUUCUUCGAUUCUUUCUAGAAUCUGUAUUUUAUGUUAAGAUCCUGUACAAUCAAUACAAGUAGUUAUCAUAUAUCAAUUAUACAUUUUACUUGUA